UACAAAGAUUUUCAUUCAGGUAAUAUAUUAUAUAAUGUCAGUGGUUAUCCAUUUAUAAGUGAUUUAGGUAUGUGUCAACCAGCAAAUUUAAAGCAAUCAAUUAAAGAAGAAGGAAUUCAUGGAGUAUUACCAUACAUGGCACCAGAAGUUUUAUGUGGACAACAAUAUACAAAAGCAGCAGAUAUUUACUCAUUUGGAAUAAUAAUGAAUGAACUUCUUUCUGAAGAAAUUCCUUUUAAUGGUAUUCCUCAUGAUGAAUUUUUGGCUAUUAAAAUAUGUAAAGGGCUUAGACCAACAAUUUCUAAAGAUGUACCAAAGUUACUUGCAGAUUUAAUGAUAAAAUGUUGGAAUGCUGAAAUAAAAAAUAGGCCAACCACUAAAGAAUUGUACCAACUAUUAAAGAAAUGGAAUGAUGAAAUUGAAGAUAUUGAAGGUAGUGAAGAUAGUCAAAAUA